AUGCUCGACUUCGACUUCGAAAGGUUGUGCUCCGUCACGCUCUCGAACAUCAAUAUUUACGCCUGUCUCGUCUGUGGGAAGUACUUCCAGGGCCGUAGUCGGUCCAGCCCUGCUUAUGCUCAUAGUAUCGGCGAGGACCACCACGUGUUCAUCAAUCUGUUGUCAGAAAAAGUAUACGUCUUACCCGAUGGGUACGAAGUCUCAGAUCCAUCCCUGGAUGACAUCAAGUAUCUUCUCAACCCUACCUUUACGCCCGGUCUAUUACGGAAACUGGAUGCGGGCAGUCAAGGACCGUCUUACGACUUACAUGCUGUGGCCUAUCUUCCAGGAUUUGUUGGGCUGAAUAACAUCAAGGCAAAUGACUACUUGAAUGUCAUCGUCCACCUGCUUGCACAUGUACCACCGGUUCGAGACUACUUUGUCUGUCGGUCCUCAGAGGGCUCUUUCGAGCGUGCUCGAGCCUCCGAGCUCGUCCAGAGGUUCGGGACCUUAAUGCGCAAGAUCUGGAACCCGCGUGCUUUCAAAGCUCAGGUGAGCCCACACGAAUUCGGGCAGGAGGUCGCGACCCGCUCGGGCGGCAAAUUCACGUUGACCGACCAAGCCGAUCCAGUCGAGUUUCUGGGCUGGUUAUUGAACACGCUCCAUCGGGACCUAGGGGGCAGCAAGGCGAGCGGCCGAAAGGCAGUUGAGAAGAAGACGAAGGAUACCAGCAUCAUUCAUGCGGCGUUCAGAGGGAUCGUCAAAGUAGAAGAGCAGGAGAUCGUCGCAAUCCCCGACUCCGGUGAAGUCGGGAAACGGCCUCAAUUCGACAUCAACCAGGAUGGUCGACGACUGAUAGAGUCGACAUUCAUGUUCCUCACCCUCGACCUACCCCCACCGCCGGUAUUCCAAGACUCCGUCCAGAAGAACAUCAUCCCCCAGGUGAAUCUGACGACCCUCUUACAGAAGUACGAUGGCUCGAGCAAGGUGGAGCGUAGUGGAAUCCUGCGUACCCACUCCUGCUCCCGUCUGCCCGAGUUCAUCAUUCUCCACUUCAAGCGAUUCGGAUCGAAUUCGUUCAUUGAGGAGAAGAACCCGACGAUCGUCAACUUCCCCACCAAAGGCGUCGACUUCUCUGUCUGUCUCGGCUCCAACCAUCCCCCACACCAGGAGGGCGUGCCCUCGGAGUACCUCUAUGACCUCCUCGGUAACGUCACUUACUCCUCCACUGCUGGUACCGCUAAGGAAGACUCCCAGUGGAAGGUCCAGGUGCACACUCGCUCUGGUAACCCCCUCCAAUCAUCCGACGACGAUCCGGAUGUCAAAGUGGCUAAGAAAGGGGAGGAGAAAUGGUUCCAAAUCCAGGAUCUGAUUGUUGAAGAGGUCAACAGACAGAUGGUCUUUCUCGGCGAAAGUUAUAUCCAAAUUUGGGAAAGAAGGGCAGGGUCUUCUCAAUCGUUGCAGUUCGACGACCAUCUAAACACCCUCCGGGCUUCCACCUCAACCACCCCCAAGAAGCCCAUCCCUUCAUCCACACCGUCAAUCCCUCAUCACCCCCCAAGCUAA